AUGACAAAAACUAUUAAAAUCAAAAAAAGGCAGAAUACUCAAAGCACUUGUCAACGUGUCUUUGCAGGAGGAACAGGGCAACUAGGAAAGUUGUUAUGUUGCGAUAAUGCCAAUAGCACUAAUUGUCUAGCUAGUCUACCAACUUGCACUAAUGUUAAUAAGUUAAUUCAAUGUUGGAGUAUCAAAGGUCUCGAUGCUUGUAUUAGUAGAAAUGAUACAACUGCUCAGGAAGUUUGUUCGCACCAAAAUGAUGAUGGCAUAUUUUGCUUGGAAGGUAAUACUGAUCUACCAUACAAUAAUACAGACACAUUUGCCAGUGCAAUAAAUUACAUGCUAGGCCGUUAUACUGCUAAAGAUUUACAAAACGGCGCUAGUUGUUAUGGUUUCUCUUGUCCUCAAGUAGCUUGUUCCUAUGGUUGUCGUCAAAUGCAUUGUGGGGACUCUCUUGCCUCAGGAAGUUGUCAAGUCACAAACGAUUUGGGUGGAACUAAUACUCUCAAUUAUCAGAUAGAAAUAUGUGCACCACAAGCACCCAUUGUGGCUGUUAGUGCUUAUAUACCACCGCCAAAAACAAUAUCCAAUCUGCCUAAUGGUAGCCCUGGAUCCAAUCUGUCUAAUGGUAGCCCAGGAACAGCACCUAGUACUUUCAUGAUAAAUAGUAAUUCGUACAGUGGGUUGAGUGGUGGUGCAACAGCAGGAAUAGUAAUAACAUUAAUAAUUAUUGUUUCUGUCAUAAUUGGUAUAGUUUAUUGGAGACAAACCAGAAAUAACUCAUCUCCUAAUCUCUCUCCACCACCUUAUACUGAUAAUGAUGACCCAGAUAAUAAUCUUCCACCAUUAAAAAAAAAUAUAAAGACUUAA